UGUCAACAUUUGCCGAGAGGUUGAAUGAGUUGCCCUGGCCUACCAAUAGCUCCAUAGCUGUGGUGCAUGUGCAUGUGCUGGAGGAAGCAGCCGUUCUUGUUUGCGGAGUUAAGAGAAGCCAAGAUUUAUGUUUUGUAGCACCUCAAGGAUGACCAGAAAGAUCUUCACCAACACCAGAGAGAGGUGGAGGCAGCAGAAUGUCAACAGCGCCUUCGCCAAACUGAGGAAGCUCAUCCCCACCCACCCUCCGGACAAGAAACUCAGUAAGAAUGAGACGCUGCGCUUGGCUAUGAGGUAUAUCAACUUCCUCGUCAAGGUCCUGGGGGAGCAAGGCCUGCAGCAGACCGCAGUGACUGCUCGGGGGAGCUUGUUGGGGCUGUUCCAGCAAGCCCCUCAUUUGCAGGGCAUGGAGGAACUGACUCUGAUUGAAGACUGUGGCGUCCCUUCACCCAGCACAAGCAGCAAUAUCCCAGAGUGCUGGUCAGAGACAUCGUCUCCCUAGCAGGUUAGGACUGCUACAGUCCUGGUGUUAGUCUGAUAGUGCCCUCUGCAUAAUUUGUGGAUCAUUUCCCUGUGUACAGUAUUUAUUUGUUUAUCCCAGUGCUGGUUUUAUUCCAUAUAUUUUUAUUUGACAGGGAAGGCGGAAGAAUGAUUCCUCGGUAGGACAGUGGCUUGGAUGGCUGAGUAGGGAAUGCUCAACCCUAGGAUCUCACAAUGGUCCUUUGUUGUGAUUUCACAGAUUUUGAGGCUGGUGUGAUCAGAUCUCCUGUAUAACAUAGGUCAUAACAUUUCCCUUGUUGAUUUUUGCAGUGGAAGGGAUUGUUCUUCCCUGCAACGUGAGGAACUGUUCUGGAGGGCAAUAGUUCCUGGCUGCACUAGAGUUCUUCAGUUAGAGAGAUGUCCAGUCUUGACCAGAAGGAUCCAAGGGGCAGAUAGAUAAUAUACCUCCUCUCUCUCAGCCCACAGUUCUCAUGGUUUUUAUCUUUCUUGUUAAGAAUUUACAUCUUAUUUCUGGCUUGAGUUUUUCCAACUUGCAACUAACACCAUUGAGAUUUGCUUUGUUUACUAAACCAAAAGGCUUCCUGACAUACAAAGAAACACAACUGAAUAACAUAAAACAGCCCAAACUCACUAAGGAAUUAAAGUGAAAACACUGGCCCUGAAUGAAAGAGGGAACAUUCACAGUUAAGUUUCAGCAGGCAUUGUGGUGAAAGAGGCACAGGCAAAUCCACACACAGCAGUGGAAGCCAGAGGCAGGAGAAAGGUGCUAAAGGAACCAUCAUUAUUCUGAUCCCCUUCAGCACCUGUAGGCCCCAUCUGUGCCUCACUGCAGAGGUUUAGGCAGCACUGCCAUGGAAAUGCGCCCAACCUAUUCCUCCCUCCGUGUACUUUGGAUGCAGAAAAAAUAUCACGUGACCACUUUUUGGCAUGUACCCAGGACCUACCCAGCACCACUCAGUCUUGGCUAUAUUCAUAAGAACUGUGCUGGGCACUCCAGUGGCAGCUAGGUGAUCUUUUUCUGGCCCGUGGUUCAUGCAAAGUGGGAGUGAGUGGGCAGGGUGUAUGGUUGGACCCCCCUAACUCCAUUUGACCUGGUAUACACAUGCCCAUUGUAACACGUCUGUGCCCCAGGGGUGGCUGUGAUGCCACCUGGUAGCCAUACGGUUCCUACUGUGCUCUCUUUCUAAGGUACACUCCCUUUGCUUUUGCCUGCCCCAUCUUGAUAUUUUUGCAUGUAGAAAGGGAGGCUGCCAACAGAUCUUAGAGUGAGUCUUGGUCCUGCCAGCAGGUCCCCCUCUCUUGAACACUGCUGAUCCCAAAAAAUCCUUCUUGUUAGGUGGGCCCUCUGGGCCCUAGGGCACCCAAUGCCUUAUGGGCUAUUCAUGACCUCUAACCUUCCCUACAUCUAUGCCCAAUCCUUGCAGAUUUUAUUCAAUACCAUUCUGUCCCUUGUAGAGGCCUCAGCCUCCCUUUUCUCUGGCUGCAAGCCGUCAGCCCUGGCCCAAUGACCUGGGUCUGGCCCUCUUGGCUUCAGCCCUGCCAGUCACCAGUAUCUCUGGGCUGUUGACCCUUGUAUCUCUCUCUUUGGGCCCAUGGCCCCUAUCUCAUUCUCUGGACCCCUGGCCCUGGUUCUCAUUCCCUGGACCCCUGGCCCUACUUUCUGCCCCUCUCAGGGUCCCUAACCCUGGUUCACUCUGCUUGGUCACUGGGCCCCUAGCCCUGUCUCCACUACUUUACCGAUUGUGAGCCCCAUCCCUGCUGGGCUCCAUGCUGUCGUGUGCCCUUCAGGCACAAUUGGGAACUCCACCUCCCUAAUAGUCCCAAACCCAAACCACUGGUACAAAUUCAAAUGCAAAACAUAAGCCCUCUGACUAUAACUAAACUUUAGCACCCGGCUGUAUACCAAACUCCUACCCAGCAUUGGGUCCUAACCCCUUGCUAGCCUCAGCCCUUUUACUUGCUGUCUCUAGGCAUAGCAGGAUCUCAGUCAAUCUCCCAGCAACAAGUGUUUCAUUGCAGAGCUUUUCCUUCUUUGCCCACCAGGGCCAGGACUGACUGCCCUAACUCUGGCCCUGGGGUGUUAUGCCUCCUAGGCCCUGGCCUCUGGCCAGGUGGUUUCCCCCAGCUACCUACAGAUGUUUCCCAAUUAGGCUUUUUGACUGGUAUCCAAGGCAGCCUGCUGCUACUAGUCUAGCCAUUGCAGCAGUACCUUGUCUACUAUGCAGGGUUCUGCCUUACAGUACCACGACUGAGCAGCUAGCUCUGCAAUAAGCACUCUAUUGCCCAUGCAGGCUCUGCCUUAUUGUACUGCUGCAGAUGCUCCCUCUGCAAUAGGCACUCCCAGCCUAUAAAUCCCCAUGGACCUGUUCUCCUGCAGCCUAUAAUGAGCAGCCUUCUCCACCUGAAGUUCUCCCUCUUGCUGUUUUCUCCCUUAAAGUAACAGGAGCCCUAGGCUCCCUGUUACACCAUGAAGAGGUUGUUCCUUGCCCAUAAUACCAAGGCUCCAAGAGGCAAAAGACAAACUUAUGCACAAGGCCUGAGAGAGGCCCCCAGGUGCUGGUAUUCAGGCACCAGCCUGUUCCUGUUUGCAAUAGCCUGUGUGGGACACCAGAGUAGGGGCUCUGUGAGGCUGUUGCAGACAAAAUGCCAGUCCACCUUCACUCUGUUUUUCAACGUGUGUAAGUACCUAUUUGGUAUGUUCCCAGAAUGAGGUCUCCUAUGAUCAUGGCUGUAGCAUUUUAGACUUGUACGUAUUGCUACAAGACUAUCUGAGCCCAUGCUUAUUUCAUAAGGGUGUAUGUUACUAGCAGAGCUAGGAGUAUGGGGUGGGGUCCUGUCUUAAGCAGUAUCCAGUUGAGAAGUCCAUCUCAGGUUGGAUAUCCAACAGCUUGAAUGGAGUUACACUGGGGAUAAAUGUGGCCAAGCAUGUCUAAACACAAAGGCAUGUUGGUGCUAUUCUGUCCAUCAGCCAAUUGUUACCCUUGGAAAUCUUUUCCUUAUCAACAAGAAAAUCAAAAUGCAUUUGUCCUUUGAAUAUAAUAUUGUGUCAUGGAAAGGCAAAAAAAAUGCCUGGCAAUAAUGUAACUGAAAUGCUUAUUGUUAUUUAUAUAUUGGGAAAAAAAAAGCUCCAUAUUCUUGCUUCAGGUUUCUUUUCAUUUAGGAUGUACCUAUUCUGAUAUACGGCAUGUGUGUGACUAGAUCUAUCUACCAAAGAUUUUUUGUCAGGACAUCUCUUUGUGCUUUGUGAUUUCUUAUCUGUAUGGCUAUGAACAAAUAUGAUGUAACAUCACAUUUUGUGAUAUACUAUGUUAUUUAAUGGCUAAUAUAUUCAAAAUAAAUUA